CUUGCGUCUAAUGUACAGCACCGGGCACUCCUCCCCCUCCACCACCUGCGAGAGCACGGCCCCCUGUCUGAAGCGUCCAUCUAUAACACAAAAGGGAGAGAGAAAUUGGGUGAAUGUAAAAGCCCCCCCCGCAAAGUGCGGCUUUAACUUGCGUGAACGCCUGCUGACACUGCUCCGUCCACUGGACUGUGUCUGGAGCUCCCUUUUUAGUGAGAUCAGUCAGCGGGCUGGUGACGUCCGAAUAAUUGGGUACAAAUCUUCUAUAAUAGCCAGCCAGCCCCAGGAACUGUCUCACCACCUUUUUGGUCUUGGGCCUCGGAGAGGUCGCAACCGCCGGCGUCUUAUCAAUUUGGGGACGCACCUGACCAUGACCCAAGUGAAAGCCCAGAUACCGUACCUCCACCUCCACUUCCUUGGGUUUGCUGUGAGUCCUGCUCGUCACAGCGAUCUCAGAACCGCCCUCAGAUGCUGCAUGUGCCGCUGCCAAUCAUUACUAUAAAUGAUGAUGUCAUCUAAAUAGGCAGCGGCGUAAGCUGUAUGCGGUCUGAGGAUCUGAUCCAUGAGACGCUGAAACGUAGCCGGGGCCCCAAACAAACCGAAAGAAAGUGUUACGAAUUGGUGUAAUCCAAACGGUGUGGAGAAGGCUGUUUUUUCACGGAAAAUUGGUGACAAGGGGAUCUGCCAAUAACCCUUCGUCAAAUCCAAUGUCGAAUAGAAGCGAGCAGUGCCCAACUGAUCGAGCAACUCAUCAACGCGAGGCAUUGGGUACGCAUCAAAUUUAGACACUGUGUUGACUUUCCUAUAAGCCACACAGAACCGCACCGACGCGUCGCUCUUAGGCACUAGAACAACCGGGCUGGACCAAUCGCUGUGGGAUUCCUCUAUUACCCCCAUAUCGAGCAUUGCAUCUAAUUCUCCAUGAACAAUUUUCUUUUUUUGCUCGGGCAAUCUGUAGGGGUGGCUACGGACCACAACCCCCGGCUCGCUCUCAAUGUGGUGUUGAAUGAGGUUCGUACGACCCGGAUAAGAUGUGAACACACCCGAAAACUCAUGCUGUAACCUGGAGACCUCUUCGAGUUGGUACGGUUUAAGGUGUUGUCCUCAAGUGACUGGGGUGAGCUGAUAACGUUUUGAAACUACCUCAGGCCCGAGCGCCGCCCUCUCCGGAACCACUGUAGCCAAUGUCACAGGGGCCGCCUCCCUCCACAAUUUCAGGAGGCUGAGGUGAUAUAUUUGACGUGCGCCCCCCUGUAUUGGUUCGUUUGACCUCAAAAUCGAGAUCCCCCACUCGUCAUGUGACUCAAAGGGUCCUUGCCACUUGGCGGGUGUUGAUGUGGGGAGUAAUAAGAGUACUUUAUCUCCCGGUGCAAAUUCCCUUAGCUGAGUACCACUGUCAUACAGCCGGCGCUGACGUUCUUGGGCUCGGAGCAAAUUCUCCUGUGUUAGUUUCCCCAAAGUGUGGAGUUUUGCUCUGAGAUCAAGGACGUAUUUAAUUUAAUUCUUAAUAUUUGAAGUCCCCUCCUCCCAGGCUUUGCGCAAGAUGUCAAGCACACUGCGUGGGCGCUGCCCAUACAGCAGCUCAAAUGGGGAGAAGCCGGUGGAGGCUUGUGGCACCUCUCGUACUGCGAAUAACAGGGGGUCGAGCCAUUUAUCCCAAUUUCUAGCAUCCUCGUGCAUGAACUCACAAAUCAUAUUUUUGAGGGUUUUAUUAAAUCGCUCCACUAGGCCAUCUGUCAAAGGGGCCACCUCCCUCGGCCACACCAUCAUGGAAAAGGCAUACACUGAUUCUCCCCGACAUUUUGAAAUAGUGGAAAAGUUUGUUUCGGUUCAUCUUUAUGAAACCUUAAUUUUCCUCCAAGAAAAGCAAAGAUUGCCCAGUUGAGAUAACAUAGUACAAGCUAGUGAGAAUCGACUUAAUACCCAAUAGUUCAUAAAGCUUGCAUAGUGUACGUGACAUAAAAGUUGUGCCCUGAUCGAUGAGAAUUUCUUUCGGAAUCCCCACCCAGGAGAUUAUUUUGUAGAGUGCCUCCGCAACACUACGUGCGGAGAUGUUACUCAGAGGCACUGCUUCUGGAUAUCACGUUGCAUAAUCCACCAGAAACAAUACAAAGCGAUUUCCGUGUGCUGUCCGUUCUAAUGGCCCUGACGAAGUCCAUCCCAAUACUCUCGAAGGGGACCUCGAUCAGUGGAAGUUGGCGCACUGGCACUUUUGGGGUGGCCGGAUGGCUUACCAGCUGACAUUCGCGGCACGCCGCACACCAACUGCGGACAUCUCCGCCAAUGCCCGGCCAACAAAAACGGGCUAUUAGACGGUGUAGUAUUUUCCUUUCUCCUAAGUGACCUGCCAUGGGAUUAUAAUGAGCCGUCUGGAAUACUAUUUCCCGACGGCUCCAUGGUAUCAAAAGCUGGGUUGUAUUUUCUUCUGUUUGAGCAUCCUGCGUCACUCUGUACAACUGCUCAUUUAUUAUGGCAAAAUAUGGAUAUGAAGGAGCGAUGUCUGGCUGGAGUUGUCGACCAUCGAUUACUCUCACUUGGUCGAAGGCGUGCUUGAGGGUUUCGUCCCGCGACUGCUCCAAAGGGAAGUCCCCCUCAGGGAGUUCCCUGAGAAGGGGAGAGUAGCCUCUGUAGCCUCUCCCCUUCCCUCAUCAUCCUGACGUGGAGCUGUCGAGGACUGCCCAGGCUCCGCCUCCCCUGCAAGAGCAUCGCACAUCUCACAUCUCCCUAUUUAAGUGCAGGACCCAUCUGCGCAAAUACCCUUUAAUACAUUUCUAAAAUCCGGCCAAUCAGUCCCCAAAAUCAGUGGAUGGGUGAGACGGGAACUAACCGCUGCCUCCACUAUAUGUUUUUUUCCCCGGAAUUUGAUCACCAGGGUUACCAUAGGAUACUUUUGUAUAUCCCCAAUGCUUGGUGAGUACCCCCCUUGACACUUACCGGUAUCUGGUAUGCUCCGGCCCGACUGGGGGCAGCCUGCGGGAUAUCGGAGACCUGCACCACCUUCCCCAGCUCCAUCAGAGGGCACUGAUCCCAGAAGUGGUCCGGGUCUCCGCACCUCCAACACGCUGACCCAGGCACUACGCCCGUACUUGCGUCGGAGGGCGCCCCCACCUGAGGGCGAGGGCUGCUGAAGGUCGGGAAGGGGAAUGUGUCACCUCCCACGGCCGGGGAGCUGGCCUCGGAAAUCCUCCUCACCUGCGCGGGGCAGGAAUGGGCCCUGGAGAGAGAGUAGAGCGAGAGGGUAGAGGGGAUGGGGAUGAAACAGGGAAAAACACAGGGGGAGGAGAGAGAGAGAGAGAGAGAGGGCGGGCUCCUCCACCCUCGGGAUCGCCGCCAUAUGGUCCUCCGCAAGCCGGACGGCUGCCUCCAGCGAUGCCGGGCGAUGGCACUGGACCCACUCUGCUGUCCUUCUUGGCAGACAUUGUACGAACUGCUCCAGUACCACCUGGUCGAUCAGUCCCUCAAUGUCGCGGUUCCCCUCUAGCAGCCAUCUCCGGCAGGCGUCUCGGAGCCGCUGGGCGAAGGCGAAUGGGCGGUCGGAAUAUCUCCAACUUCAGGCUCUGGAUUGCAUGCCGGUCCUCUGCUUGAGCCCGCAGGAUCUCGAAAAACCGGCGAUCCUGGUCUUGCCGGAGCUCAAGCAGGGUCUGAUGGUGGUUUUGGUGCAAACCAAUGAGGGACUGGAGGACCUCCGCCAACUGGGAGGACUCUACGGGCGACUUCCUUCCAUCACCUUGGAUAUUCGUCCCGGGUUUCGGCACCAGUGUAAAGACUCCACAAAUGACAGCGGACAACAGGUUCCUUUAACUCAAGAUCAUUGAACUGAACGGUGGUCAGCCUCCCCUUACUUACAAACGUUUCCAGACUCUAAUCAGCCAAAUGGACCAACCAAAGUUGCCAGUAGAAACCCUUUCCAAUACCAUCAUGGGCAGCUGUGUCACACCUGUCUCCGAAGACCAUGGGGAUAAAUAUGGUGUGCCCUCCCUGGAGGAGCUAGGAUUUGACAUUGAGGGACUGCCUUCUGCUGUUUGGCCAGGAGGUGAAACUGAGGCAUUAACAAGGAUUGAGAGGCAUCUGGAGAGAAAGGCUUGGGUUGCAAAUUUUGAAAGACCCAGAAUGAAUGCCAACUCUUUGCUGGCCAGUCCGACUGGCCUUAGUCCCUACCUCCGUUUCGGCUGUCUCUCCUGCCGCCUCUUUUAUUUUAAACUCACAGACCUCUAUAGGAAGGUAAAGAAAACCAGCACUCCUCCCCUCUCCCUCUAUGGUCAGCUGCUAUGGAGGGAGUUUUUCUACACUGCUGCUACCACCAACCCACGCUUUGACAAGAUGGAAGGCAAUCCAAUCUGUGUGCAUAUCCCCUGGGACAAGAACCCAGAGGCCUUGGCCAAGUGGGCUGAAGCUAAGACUGGUUUUCCUUGGAUCGAUGCCAUUAUGAUUCAGCUGAGGCAGGAGGGCUGGAUCCACCACCUGGCCCGUCAUGCUGUGGCUUGUUUCCUCACCCGAGGAGACCUGUGGAUCAGCUGGGAAGAGGGCAUGAAGGUGUUUGAAGAGCUUCUGUUGGAUGCUGACUGGAGUGUGAACGCGGGCAGCUGGAUGUGGCUCUCCUGUAGCUCUUUCUUUCAACAGUUCUUUCAUUGCCACUGUCCAGUGGGUUUCGGCAGGCGCACUGACCCUAACGGCGAUUUCAUUAGACGAUAUUUACCUGUUCUCCGAGGUUUCCCUGCCAAGUAUAUUUACAACCCGUGGAAUGCCCCAGACUCUGUGCAGGCUGCUGCCAAGUGCAUCAUUGGAGUCCACUACCCCAAACCCAUGGUGAACCAUGCUGAAUCUAGCCGUCUCAACAUCGAGAGGAUGAAGCAGAUCUACCAGCAGCUUUCACGCUACAGAGGACUUGGACUUCUUGCCUCCAUACCGUCAACACACAAUGGGAACGGGAAUGGAAUGGCAUACUCCCCAGGGGAACAGCAGUCCGGGAACAACACACCAGCUCCAGCCGUAUUGGGCAGUUCUGUUGCUAGUAGUAACAGGAGUGAAAGUCUUCUGCUGAACUUUGACACUGAAGAACACCAGGGACCAAGUGGAAUUCAGCAACAAAAACAACAGCACCAACUAGGUUAUCAAAACACACCUGACCACAACAUUGUAAGAAACAAUCGACUUUACCAAUGUAAUAUGUCACAUGACAUGGCAGGCCCCCAACAUUCAGGACACCUGCUGCACAAAGGAGGAAGUGUGAUGGGCAAGAGGGAAAGAGAGACAGAUCAAGAUACUGAAGGUGAGGAUAACGCCCUCUCCACUUCUUACAAGCUACAGCGACACAAUGCAGAGGUCACUUCAGAUCAUGCUACCAGUGGGAACCUGUCAAGUAUGAAGAGUUAGAUGGACAUAUCAUCAUACUGAGCAAGAGAGCUGAAAAACAAGGCACUGCUUGAGAGGUGGCUGACUUUCCUCUUUUUGAGUUUAAAUCAGUUUCCUUUAACAACUUUCUCAUCUUUGGAAAAAAAUAAAAAUGGUUAAUUUGU